CCAUCGAUAAUAUUCACUACUAAAGAGUUCAUCAAAAAUAAUACUACUAUAAUGUCUUCUUCUCAAGUUGGACAAGGAUCAUCAGUUACAUGGACUUUACAACAAAACAAGGCAUUUGAGAGGGCAUUAGCAGUGUAUGACAAAGACGCCCCUGACCGUUGGUCUAACGUUGCUAGAGCUAUUGGAGGCAAUAAAACUGCAGAAGAUGUGAAGCAACAUUAUGAAGUACUUCUUCAUGAUAUCAAGUUUAUUGAGAGUGGUGGUGUGCCUUUCCCCAACUACACCACUCGUAAUGGAGGCCGAGGCCGCACUAAUAACAAAUAAUUCGCAGGAUGCAAAUCUUUGGUUCCAACAAAGCAAUGAGGGAAAGAAAACUGCAACCUUAAUUAAUUAUAUAUGACACAACAUUUUUACUCCAAGAAAUUAGUAACCCUACUACUAGCUAUUAAAAUAAUAAUAAUAAUAACCAGAUUAUCACAUUUUCUUCUUGACAAUUCAAGUGAAGUGUAUAUCAAUUUCUUUGUACGUCCAAGUUAAUUGUAUUAAUGCUAUCAAUUUCAUGG